UACCCAGGGGUCUCUAUACCUGGGGGGCCUCUAUACCUGCGGGUGUCUAUACCUGGGGUCUCUAUACCCAGGGGUCUCUAUACCCAGGGACCUCUAUACCCGGGGGGGCUCUAUACCCAGGGGUCUCUAUACCUGGGAGACUCUAUACCCAGGGUUCUCUAUACCCGGAGUGCUCUAUACCUGGAGGGUAAAACCAUAUAUAAUAAUAUACUAACUACAUUAAUACUAGUGUAUUGGUGUGUGUCUAUAAUGAGUAUUAUGUGGAAUUAGGCUUUUACACUGAACAACAUCUAAAAAAGCCAUUAUUAUUGUUUGACCCAUUCAUCUGUCACUACGGAGUAUAGGCUGUCCAUGCAAAGACCAGCUGGGUGGCGCAGAAGCCAGCGCCCUGGCUUGACUUGCACCAACAGCUGCAACCAGCUCUGUGAGUGGAUGGGACCGAGCGGGAUUCCUGCUACCAGCCAAUCACGCUUGCAGCGUGUCGGCGCUCCUGUUCUCAUACGCCAGAGACACCAUUGAGUUGAAUUCUCGUCGAGUUCUGCGAUCAAUUUGGUAUUAUCGCCGAUUCAUCCCAAUUGUUGUCCUAACAAGAGUCGUCGAAAGAACGACGCUAAAGUUGCCUGGCCUCCUCACGAGGAGACGUUUUUUGUAUAAUAAGAGAAAAUCCCGCUGUUGCAGCUUCGAAGCCUCCUCUCUCCGGAAUUCAAAGCUAUUUUCUAUCGCUACAAUGAUCUACGGUAUGUCUACCCCCGCCAGGGGCCCCGUUAACAGGUACAAUAUCCAUCUUCGCGUGGGCCUGCCUGUGUCCCUUGUUAACGAGCGCUUGAUGUCAAAUCCCCACCCCCGUGACUACUCUAUUACUCCGUAUCGGCACCCGACUCCUCCCACGCCUAAAACCGCAUGUUAUCCGCAUCCCAUGUAUCCAUUGGAAUACUGGCGCCUUAAAAUUUCGAACGUGACUUACUGGAGAUACGAGGCGGAUUUUUGGAGAACUGCUUGUGCUGCAAAGGAGGACCAGGCUAGCCGCACGAGCAUACAAGACACCGAAUAUUGGAAAUGUGAGAGCAGAUUUUGGAAAUCUACUUGCCCAAGAGUCCACGAGGAUGCCCGUUACGACGGCAUCAACAACCCGAAAUAUUGGGAGUGCGAGAACAUGUUGUACGAAGGUCUUUUGCAACCCCUUGUAUACGCUGAGCAUCAAGGACCCACUUUUCACCAAACCAUGUUGCGAGAUCAGGGCUACGCAUAUGACUCUGACAGCUCUAGUGGAUCACCGAAGACUCUUCGCCGAAGCGCUCGACUUGCAAAUUUGAAGCAGAAAGCCUCAGUGAACUCUUCUGCAUCACAAUCUGAACUACCUGCAGCAACCAACGCGAGUAGUACAAAGAAAAGAAAAAGCGAAGACCAGGCGAUCAACAACCAUCACAGAAAAAGAAAACUUGCUUGCUGA